UUCAUUUUUCUCCCUGUCGUCCUCCUCUGCUUAACUCCCUUCACCUCCACCUCCACCUCCACCUCGGCGUCGUCGUGCGCUUCGAUCUCUCCCCCCAUUUCCACGCGGAGGGGAGGCGUCGGCGCAAUAAAAGGCGGCGCUUUUGCAUCGCCCCUCCCCGGCAUGCGUAGCUAGCCUCGCGGCUGGCCCCCACGCCAUGCAGACCACCGGGCCCGCAUCGCCGGAUAAGCCGCCAGUUGUUGACCCGGAGGCCGACGACAAGGUGGAGGAAGGGGCGCGGGCGAAGGAGGACGAUGCGGCGAAAGUGAGCGGCGAGGAUGAGGAUGAGGAAGAGCAGGAGGGGAGGAGAGGCAGGCGGCAGCGGCGCCGGCGAGGCGGUGCGGCGGGGGACAGCUCCGUGGCCAUGGUGAAGCGGGAGCUGCUCGCGCGCUGCUUGACGUGCCCGCUCUGCGACCGCCUGCUCCGGAAGGCCACCACCAUCUCCGAGUGCCUCCAUACAUUUUGUAGAAAUUGUAUCUAUAAUAAGAUCAAUGAUGAGGAUCUGGACCACUGUCCAGUAUGUAAAAUUGAUCUGGGCUGCACUCCAGUCGAUAAGCUUAGAGCUGAUCACAAUAUACAGGAUGUGAGAUCAAAAGUUUUUCCCUUCAAAAGGAAGAAGGUUAAUGCUGAAGAGGCAGAAUCUCCCAUUAUGCUACCUGUUAAAGUUAAAGAGAGGUCUAUCUCAUCAUUGGUGGUCAAUACACCUAGAGUAACCCCAGCAGCUUCAACAGGGAGGCGAACAAGGGUGGUUACCAGGAAGGCUGCCGCAUUACGUGGCCUUGGCCCUAUCAUUGUGGAUCCUUUAAAGAAGGAUAAUGAUAACUCAAAUAAGCAAACUGAUAAUUCAAGCUUGCUAGAUAGCUUGAGCAAAAUACCUCAAACAAGAAGACAGUUAUUGUCGAAUGGGGACACAUCAAGUCACCCCUCUGUCAAAGAUAAAGCAGAUGAUAAUAAGGACUUCGAUAAGUCCGAGCUCUGGAAACCUCUGAACUGUCUUGUAGAGGCUGCAAGCAAAACAAAGCCCCUGACAAGUGCACAAAGUCCAGCUUUGAAGGGAGAAUUCAGAGAAUCUCCCAGUAGCGAACAUUUUAGCAGAACAAAGGUCAAAGUUGAAGAUAACAAAAGUGACGAUCCUGAGCCAAUAGUGCUGCUUAGAAAGAGAGGGCGGCCUGGCCGGAAGAGGAAAAAUCCCCUACCUGAAACAAAUGCAGCUUCCACGGCUACAGCUAUCCAGGCCAGAAAGGCAUUUAGCCCGAUAUGGUUUUCAUUGAUUGCCUCAUUUGACCAGAAAGGCAACCCUCCUUUGCCUCAGAUACCUGCCCACUACUUGAGAAUAAAGGAUGGGAGCAUACCCGCAUCAUCCAUCCAAAAGUACAUUAUGCAGAAGCUCAGUCUUGUAAGUGAAUCCGAGGUUGAAAUAAGCUGCUGCGGGCAGACAGUGGGGAACCUUGGGCAACCCGUGCGCAACCUGGUGGAGCGGUGGCUGAGGGUUGGCCCGGCACGCCCGCUGCACACCGUGAUAGGCUCCUCCGGGGGAGAUUACGUGAUGGUGAUAAGCUAUGGGCGGCCGAAGUCUGCGUCCUCUUGAAAACGCGCCCGUCGUCAACCAUCAGGGAAGAGUUCUUUUUUGAGUGUCAUAUACUCGAUAGCGUUAGCGUAGCCUGCUGCUCAUCCUCUCACCGAUGUUUCUAAGAUUAUGCUUAUCUGUUCUUUAAGAAAUCGUUUGUUUGUUCGUUCGUUGUUACCAUGCAUAAUACAUGUGUGAUGGAAGUUGCUGUAAUUUGGGAUUUGGUAGGCUGCCUGUGAGAACUGACGUUUAGGUUGGAUAUACAAACAGAGGCUAGAUCGUUAACCUGAGCGAUGAGUCCCUUACGCGGGAGAGUGCUGCUGAUUCAGUUUUUCCCUUCCUGAAAGAAAAAGAACCCACCAUAAUAUCCCGCUCUGAUUGACUGGGAUUUAUACGUGCCCUCAACAGUUACAUUUUUUUUUAUCUUGAAGGUUGGCAAUCUGGAUCCUGUUAAUUUACACCAUCUCCUCCGGCAUGUCCAAAUGGUACUUGUGGCAUCUUUGUUCAGUCAUGCACAUGGAAAGUUUGUGUGUCCUUUUCCUCCCUCU